AUGAAGGUGAAGUGCACGUCCACAUCCAUCCAAGCGCAUGCCACCCUUCGUCCCCGCAAACGCAUCUCUUCCGAGGAGCCGGCUCAGCCCCCGCCGAAACGCCAGGCCCAGUCGCACAGGCUCUCCAAUCAUGACCUCGCCGAAUCCAAUUCCGACUCCUCGCUGAGUGACGUCCCUGAAGAGACCAACGAAACUACAACUCCCCAGAUAUCCUCCCAUGUCUCCGAGGAUGAAGAGUCGGAGGAGGACGACUCUGAUGAUGAGAUAAACUGGGAAGAUGCGGUCGACCUCAAUCCCCCUCGCGCGACCCUGCCUUCCAUGGCGCGUCUGGAGGGUGGAGACCUCGAAUUGAUCUUAGAUCAAGAAGAAACGCAGGCAUCAGACCUCUUAGACGGUAGAAAAGGGCCGUCGAAGAUUGAACGUCAUAUUCGUGUCCAGACCCAUCGCAUGCAUGUCCAAUUCCUCCUCUUCCAUAAUGCCCUUCGCAAUGCCUGGACCUGUGACGCCAAGGUCCACGAGAUCCUGCUUCGAAAGCUACCCGACAGUAUCAAGAAUGAGGUCAAGAAAUGGAAGAUCUCCUCAGGGUUAGAACUGCCGGAGAAGAAACCUGAGCCACCAAAGAGCAAGAAAAAAGGCAAGGGGCGCAAGAAGCAAGACUGGAGCGAAGACACACAAAGGCUAGAGCCGGGACAGCCUGAUAUGAGCAAUGGAGAUCCAAUACUCGCACUUAUGAAAGUGUUAGUAGCAUACUGGAGGAAGCAGUUUCGCAUCACUGCUCCUGGUUUGCGCAAGAACGGAUACCGGCCUGGGUUGGCACUCAAAGCAUUGCUGGACGAUUUUCAUAAACAGGACCAUAACCCUGAACGUCAUGGCGAGCGUAUAGCUAAUAUCGAAGAGUUUCGUGGCUUAGCAGAAUCUAUGCAAGGAUCUCGGGAUGUCGGGGCUCAGCUGUUCACGGCUCUCGUUCGUGCACUGGGCAUUGAAGCUCGACUGGUCGGCAGUCUACAACCCCUCGGCUUUGGCUGGACCAAAGCAGAGACAUACAUAUCAAAAUCCGAAUCAAACGAGAAUUCCGAACUAAAGACCGAAGAUACUGAAAUUGAUCAUGACUCCGAUGAUCAAGGGCAUCGACCAAGGGCCAAAAGUAAAGUCGGUCCAAGAUACGAUAAAGACCUACCAUUCCCUAUAUACUGGACCGAGGUUGCAUCUCCUGUCACGCAUGCGAUUAUUUCCGUUGAUCCAAUCGUUCUACCCAACCCAUUGGCCCCCACGGCGGAACUUCAAGCAUCGUUCGAGCCAAGAGGAGCGAAAGCCGAGCGCGCUAAACAGUUCCCUAUACCCGGCCAAAAAGGCCAGAGCUUCGAGAUUGACUGGUUCCGAGUAGUAAUGUACGGGUACCAGCGACCUCCGUCGCAAAGAACGAAAGUGGACGAGAUCGAGGAUAAUGGAGAUCUCCAGCGGAAGCAACCGGAGAGGAAGAAGCCCGCCCAAGCCACCGAUACACUUCAAAGCCUCCGAUCAUCUACCGAGUUUGUCCUUGAGCGAUUCUUACGUCGUGAGGAAGCCCUCAGACCCGGCGCCGAGCCCGUCCGUACCUUCGUGUCCGGCAAGGGCGUCAAGGCCAAAGAGGAGCCUGUAUUCCGCCGUGCCGAUGUCCUCAAGUGCCUAUCCGCAGAGAGCUGGCAUAAAGAAGGCCGGCAGGUCCAGCCCGGCGCCGUGCCCCUCAAGCGCGUCCCCAUCCGAGCUGUGACUCUCGUGCGAAAGCGCGAAGUCGAGGAGCUUGAGCGGGAAACAGGGGAAAAGCCCAUGCAAGGCUUAUACGCGCGGCACCAGACAGAAUGGCUCAUACCGCCUCCGAUCAAAGACGGGAUAAUCCCGAAAAACAGUUACGGGAAUAUGGACUGUUUUGUGCCGAGCAUGAUCCCGCGCGGCGCGGUCCACGUGCCAUGGCCGGGCACGGUCAGGGUCUGCAAGAAGCUUGGGAUCGACUAUGCAGAGGCCGUGACGGGGUUUGAGUUUGGAUCCAAAAUGGCCGCGCCUGUGAUCCAAGGCGUCGUCGUGGCUGCCGAAAACGAAGACCUGCUCAAAGAUGCUUGGCGCGCUGAUGCCGCGGAGAAGCAAAAGCGCGAGCAGCUCAAGGCUGAAAAGCGGAUCUUGCAGACUUGGCGCAAGUUCUUAUUUGGCUUGCGUAUUAUGGAACGUGUGCGUGAUGAAUACGGCGGGGAUACAGCCCAAGAUGCCGAGCGAGACGCUCGAAACCCGUUCGCAUCUAAUAAGAAGAGUAAAGAGGAGCCAGAGGAAACGGGCCACGAUCUCGAUAAUAGCUAUUUUGAUGACGAAGAGAAUAAGGUCGUCGACCAUGGUGGCGGCUUCCUCCUUCCAGGGGAAGAUGACGACCAAGGAGAUGGCGGCUUUAUUAUCGAGCACGGGGAAGACGGAUGA